UCACUUCUAACCUAAAAUAAUCUGAACAGUAAAGUAUCAAUCAUUACAAAAUUCGUAAUUUUGUAAUAAAAUGGCUUCUAUCGCUACCAUACACCCCUCACAUGUGAAUAUACCUCGAUUACCGGUAGAUAGUGAAGAGCAACAAUUCGAAAGUUGGCUAAUCAAGUACACAAAAUCACAUAUUUUGCAUUCCCAAUGUACCACAGCAGAUAAAUGUGCCAAUACCAGCUCAGAAAGAUGUACAUUCUGUGUUUAUACAAACAGUCUGGCAAUACCCCACUUGCCAGAAAUGGUAUUUCCAAACAACAUCCUGACUUUAGUUCACAACAAUGGAGGAUCUAUAGAAUUCAAUGCUCUUGAUGCUUUGCAAUGUGUUUGCAGCAGUAGCUUACCAUUUCGUGUUGCUUGUUCAGAAGCAUGGAAAGAAUCAAGACCUGCUCAUUUACUGGAAGAAAAAAUCAAACCCUAUGAUUGGACAUUCUCAACUGACUAUAAAGGAAGCAUACAGGGAAAUUGUACAGUAGAACCAACUGACGAACGUAUCGAUAUGGAGCGCUUAAAAGAAAAAGAAAAAAUUCUCUUCUAUCAAGAAUUGAUGCUGUAUGAAGAUGAAUUACAUGAUAAUGGUAUUGCUCAAUGCACGGUAAAAAUCCGCGUUAUGCCGACUUCGUUUUUCGUCCUUUUAAGAUUCUUUUUGAGAGUUGAUAAUGUAAUGGUCAGGAUAAAUGAUACAAGACUAUUUCAUGAUAUGAGCACUAAUUAUGUUCUCAGAGAAUACACAAAUAGGGAAUGUUCAGUAAAGGAGGUUCAUCUACCAUUGCCAGUCUUUGGAGAUCCUAAUAUCUUACAGGCUCACAUGCCAGUUAAAACUAGUCUGUAUGAAAAGUUGAUAUUUGAGGAAAGUGAAGUUGCUGGUUCUAAUACAUAAUUAUUUUAAUUUAUAUUAAGUUACUCAACAAUAAACUGUAUAAUGUCCUUA